GUCAGGAAUCCAGGGUGGCUGGGAAGGGCUUGAGAGACACAAGCUUCCUUUUUAAGCAGAAGGGCAGGGCUCGGGCAGCCAAUCACAGCACAGCAAGGACAGCUCAUAGGCAUGUGUCAUGAGUCUUGCCGGCAUUUCCUCUCAAGCACGAGAAACCAGAAAGGAGCGGAAUUGCGUGGUUUACAAGAGAGCCUGAGCACAGCUGGGGGGGAAAUGCUUUGCCUGUGCCUCUAUGUGCCGACUUUCGGCGAGACCCAGGCCGAGUUUGAGUACUUUGAGUCGGAGGGGCUUCCUGACAAGCUGAAGCCCAUCUUCAGGCUGAGCCUUUUGAUUCCUUCCGAGGAGUUCUCCACCUAUCGUCAGUGGAAGCAGAAAAUCGUUAAAGCUGGAGAUAAGGACCUAGAUGGGCAGCUGGACUUCGAGGAGUUUGUUCACUAUCUCCAAGACCAUGAAAAGAAACUGAGACUGGUUUUCAAGAGUUUAGACAAAAAGAAUGAUGGCUGCAUUGACGCCCAGGAGAUCGUGCAGUCCCUUCGGGAUCUGGGAGUCAAGAUCUCUGAACAGCAGGCUGAGAGAAUUCUCAAGAGAAUAAGAACGGGGCACUUCUGGGGUCCUGUCACCUACAUGGAUAAAAAUGGGACUAUGACAAUAGAUUGGAAUGAAUGGCGUGACUAUCACCUGUUGCACCCUGUGGAGAACAUUCCUGAGAUUAUCCUAUACUGGAAGCACUCAACGAUUUUUGAUGUAGGAGAGAACCUGACAGUACCAGAUGAAUUCACAGUGGAAGAGAGACAGACUGGAAUGUGGUGGCGACACCUAGUUGCAGGUGGAGGGGCAGGGGCAGUGUCAAGAACAUGCACUGCUCCCUUGGACCGCUUGAAAGUUCUCAUGCAGGUCCAUGCUUCUCGCAGUAACAACAUGUGCAUUGUUGGAGGCUUUACCCAGAUGAUCAGAGAGGGUGGCACAAGGUCACUUUGGCGAGGGAAUGGCAUCAAUGUUUUGAAAAUUGCCCCGGAGUCUGCCAUCAAGUUCAUGGCCUAUGAACAGAUCAAGCGAUUCAUUGGCACUGACCAGGAGGUGCUGAGAAUUCAUGAGAGGCUGGUAGCGGGUUCAUUGGCAGGAGCUAUUGCACAGAGCAGCAUCUACCCAAUGGAGGUUCUGAAGACACGGAUGGCCCUGCGCAAAACAGGGCAAUACUCAGGGAUGCUGCACUGUGCCAAGAACAUCCUUGCCAAAGAAGGAAUGGCUGCUUUCUACAAAGGCUACAUCCCCAAUAUGCUGGGGAUCAUUCCCUAUGCAGGAAUUGACCUGGCUGUAUAUGAGACAUUGAAAAACAGCUGGCUGCAACGUUAUGCUGUGAACAGUGCCGAUCCCGGGGUGUUCGUUCUGUUGGCCUGUGGUACCAUCUCUAGCACCUGUGGACAACUGGCCAGUUAUCCUCUUGCCCUAGUACGCACACGAAUGCAAGCUCAGGCUUCAGUUGAAGGAGCGCCACAGGCAACAAUGAGGAGUCUCUUCAAGCAUAUCCUGAAGACAGAGGGAGCCUUUGGCCUCUACAGGGGCUUGGCUCCCAACUUCAUGAAGGUGAUCCCAGCAGUGAGCAUUAGCUACGUGGUCUAUGAGAACCUGAAGAUGACUCUGGGCGUGCAGUCGCGGUGACCAGAUGGUGCCUGGACCCUUGAACUUUUUCAACAAAAUCUUGGGGCUCUGACCCCCAGGGUGUGCCACCAUUUCAUUCUGUGAAUGUGUUGACUGACACUAAGCUGAUCAAACCAAGCUGUGAAAAUCCCAGAUGGUGUGUGUUGGGGAAUGAGGAGGUAUUGGGCCUUGCUGCUGCGUUGCUGUCAAAAGCUCUCUGUGUUUUAAACAAUCAUUUGGCAGUUCUUCCCAUGUGCAAGGGACCAACUGGGAAUUGAAGGAAAGUGUCUUGAGCUGUCAGUGGUGGCCUGGCUUUUAGCGCAGUGGAGAGGAGAUGAUCAGAACCCUCUUUAGAGUCUUUUGCGCAGACUCACAGCUGGAGAAUGUAUCAUCUUCCAACUUGCUUGAAAGAGCUUUUUUCUGUUGAGUUGUAAACUCUUCUUAGCCAUGGUUUUGAUUCUGCAAAAGACCUGCCUUGGGUAGGAAUGGCUGCUGGGCCAAAAUACUUUUUUGUUUUUGUUUACAUGCAUUCUUUUGGAUAGGAGCAAUUCAUUUUUCUACUUCAAAAUUCUGACACUGCAGUGUAAAUUAAAACCAAGGCUUCAGGGUGCAAAGCCAGUCCCUGCUGAGUCUGAGUGUUACUUUCAGGUUAGCCAGACAGAGUUUAAAAAAUAUUUUUUAUUUAGUUUCUGUGUUCCUGUAAAACUGCUGGCAAAAUGCACUUUAUAACAAAGCAGCAGCUGCAGUCUAGAGUCUGCAUGUCUGUGUUUGCAUGCUGGAGUAGCUGAGAGGACCUGGCACAUGCAAUUCUGCACAUUUUGAAUGGCCUGACCAAGUAGCUGGGGAGCUGUGUUGCCAUUGGUCCAGUUUCUGCAUCUGAGCUCACUGCAGCAUGGCAGGGGCUGCGGAGAGGCCACUUUUGCUUCCCAGGUAGCGUUUUGCAUGGUGCUUCAAAUAACAGUUCUGCCAAGUGCUGCAGGUAGCAAAUUCUUCCUGAAACUUCAAGCCUUGGAUUUGCUUCAUUCAUCUGUAGAACUUUAUAAGUUGAUGCUGGAGUUUGAAUUAGGUUAGGGUGGGCUGGUGGAUUUGAACUUUGGACAAGGAAUAAAUUCUGCUACGGGGAACAGACCAGGUUAACUGACAAAGGUGAAAAUGGUAGCCUCCUUUAUGUUAUUGGAAGAGAGUGGGAGCUGCUUGCUUCCACUCGCCCACUUCCACCAGGUGCUUAUCAUAGGGAGAAGGGAAGGUGGUGGCUGCCAUAUCUCUGACUUGACUGUUUCAAGGGCUUAUUGAGUUUGUUCACUAAGACUUGUUGGGGCCCUGGGGAUCCUUGACUUGGGGACCAGCAUCACAUUCCACUGUUGUCUUUUGUUUUGCUGCUUUCAAAGCAUAUUUAUUUUGUAUUUAUUUAAAGACGAAAGACGUAACUGUCACACUAUUUUUGUAGACAUGUUUAAAUAUAGUUAUGUUGUCCUUGGUAUUCUGUAUUUUUUUGUACAGGUCUCAUAUUUAUGUUCUUAAAAACGUUUUGCACAUUUUCAGUAUCGUCUAAUAAAAGAAUCAUUGCAAAGUGGA